AUGCUUCCAAGCAGAGGGAUUGCGCGCUCCCUCCCCUCACCGGGAGCCUGGACGCAGAAGCAGAGCCGAUUCGUGAGCCUCUCGAGUCGAAAGUUGGGCCAUGGACGACACUUCGGCACCUCGUUGCGAAGCGUCAAUGGUGGACUGACGACGGCAUCGUCACCAUUCCGAACUCGAUAUGCGGCCGCCGCUCCAAUUGUCCUAGGAGGCGUCUCAUCGUCAAGAUCGCUCUCCCUGUGGGGUUGGGGUGGAAGCAGCAGCAAGGACGCCUCUGCUGCCGAAGCCGCUGCCGCAACACCAGAGGCAGCGAGCGUUGCUGCUCCCGCACCGGCGGAACAAGCCUCUACGGUAGCCUCUGCCGCUCCGACCGACGCCGCGGCCGCUGCUGCAUCUGCGACUGAGCCCGCCGCCGUCGCCGCCUCCGAUGUCGACCUCUCCUCGAUCUCGGCGCUUAUCAACGGCCAGGACAUUCUCAACAUGCGCGAAGAGAUUGGUUACUUGCACGCCAUCGGCCUCGACUACGGCUGGGGUUUCACUUCCAUCAUGCAAUGGACGCUCGAGCACGUUCACGUCUGGUCGGGGCUGGGCUGGGGCGCCUCCAUCAUGGCCACGGCUGUCUUGCUGAGGGCCAUCAUGUUCUACCCCCAGAUUCAGAGCCUCAAGUUCAACGCCGUCAUGCAGAGGAUGCGAAAGGACCCGCGGUCCAACGAGGCCAUGAAGCUGGUCCAGCAAGGUUUCCAGGAGAGCGACAUGGAGAUGCGUCAGCGCGGCCAGGUUCUGAACAAGCUGCUGAGGACCGAGUACGGCGUCAGCAACUGGGGCAUCAUGUGGUCUCUUGCGCAGAUCCCUUUUACGUUUGGUCUCUUCCGUAUCGUGAGCGGCAUGACGCACAUCCCCGUGCCUUCGCUUGAGUCUGCCGGCUUCCUCUGGUUCGUCGACCUUGCCGCCACGGACCCCUACUUUAUCCUACCCGCCACCGGUACCGCUCUGAUGAUGGGUGCCCUUCUGAUCAAUGCAAAGCACACGCCCAAGCAGCAGAGAAAAAUGCUCAAGCCCAUGAUGUACAUCUUCGGCACCGUCGGCUUCAUCGGCACCACAUUCCUCUCCGCCGCCGUCAACCUCAUGACCGUCGCCCUCGGCGGCUCCACCCUCCUCACAGCCCUCAUCCUCAACAUCCCCUCCAUCCGCCGCUCCCUCGGCCUCCCCAACGGCCCCGUCGACGAAGCCGUCGCCCCUCCAAAGACCAUCCAGUACGAGGCUCCCCGCACCGAGGCCCCCGGCAUGGCCGGCCUGAGGGAACGCCUCACCAGCAGCCUCGACGACAUGAAAAAGGGCGUCUCCGAGUCCGUGUCUAAUUACACCGGCACGUACUCGGGCACGGAACAGGAAAAGGCCGAGAGGAAACGCCGAGAACUGAUCCGCCAGCUGGAAAACACGCGGAAACAGCAAGAGCGCGAGCAAUUUGAGUUGAAAUACAAGGGCAAGAAAUAA